ACAUUGUUCCAAGAGAUCUGCAAGUUCGGCUGCCAGUUCCCACCAGAGGCACACACAGAGUCCCUGAACUAGCAUCCAUGAGGUUCCUGAGGGAAAGAAUCAGACUGACGCAGAGAGCCAAGGGAGAUACGAAGAAAGAAGCCGAAUCAACAGCACAGAGCAUAACAUCUGCGCUUUCUGCAGAUGACGCUGCAGAGGUACUUGACAAGGUUAAAUCCACUAUCCAGCAAGUCUUUAGUACCACCAAAGACCAUCAAUAGCACAAGUUUGAGAAACUUUUGCGAGAGAAACAGUCUUCUGCUUCUCCUACAACUUUUGCUGACAAAACAAAGUCCGUUAACAACCUGUCAUCCAGGGCCCUUAACGAAGCUGAGAUGUCCUUACUGAAGAAAGGUCUAAAUUUCGCCGUGACUCCUACGAGUGUCCCAGCCACCGAGAUCAUUGCCAAGGUUGAGUCAGCAGUCAGGCUACUGGAUGCACAGUGAACACAGUCAGAAGAUCUGUCAACACCAUCCUUCAACAGGCACAACCAACCAUGCCCAACAUCACGAAGGAACAGCAGGAGGCUCUUAAAAGCCUAAAAGAGGACAACUCCAUCAUGGCCCUUCUGGCUGAUAAAGGUCACGCCAGCGUAAUCCUGGACACUGACACAUACCAGGCAAAAAUGUCAGCGCUAAUUGAUUCUGGACCAUACCAGCUGCUCAACAAAGAUCCGACAGACCGCUUGACCCAGAAGCUAUCUGAGAAGCUGCUAACUCUGAAACAGAAUGGACACAUAUCAGAGAUGGUUUAUAAUGAGAUCAGACCCCGACACAAACAACCACCUAGGAUCUAUGGUUUGCCGAAGAUCCACAAGGCCGACGCACCGCUUAGGCCAAUUGUGUCGUGUGUCAAUACCUUUGUAUAUGACCUGUCUGGUUUCUUGGCUAACAUAUUAUCUCCUCUUGCAGAUAACUCGAACUUCACAGUGAAAAACUCAACUGACUUCACCUCCACCAUCGCCAGUGAAGAGAUCCAGGACCACAAGAUCAUGGUGUCUUUCGACGUAGAGUAAUUGUUUACCAAUGUACUGAUCAAGGACACUGUGCAAGCCGUGCUACAAAAAAUGGAGAACGACGCAGCCUGGCUGACCGCAUGACACUUACACCAGUUCAAAUUGCGGACCUCUUGGAUUUCGUAUUAAGAUCUACGUACUUCCAGUGCAACGGAUUGAUUUACAAACAACAAGACGGCGCAGCCAUAGGGAGCCCUGUAUCAGUGGUUAUUGCUAAUCUCUACAUGGAGAUAUUUGAAGAACAAGCAAUAGAGUCUGUACCUUGCAAGCCUAAGAUCUGGAAACGCUACGUAGAUGGUACUUUCAUCAUCCUGGAUCAGGAUAGAGUUGACGACUUCCUGCAACACCUUAACAGUCAACAACCAUCAAUCCGUUUCACCAUGGAGAUCGAGAAUAACAGUAAGAUCGCCUUUCUCGACACGUCAGUUUGUAGAGAACCUGAUGGCCGCCUUAACACCAGUGUCUACAGGAAACCAACACAUACUGAUCAGUACCUAGCUUAUGAUUCACACCGGUAUUGUGAAGUGUCUGUACGACCGGGCUAAAUGUCUCGUGACCAAACC